AUGCCCAGCGCCAGCGUGUCCGUGCGGAGUUUAUCCGAAGUGGAGAAACACCUCAGUAGCCGGAUGGACCGGAGUGCCGAGGGCAGCUUUCUUAGCCUAUCAACGGCCAUGCGUCGAGGUUCUUCGGAGAACAAUCUAGAUUUGGACCUGAAUGAAGCUGCUCCUUCUCCCUCUCUAACCUUUGAAGUCCAACGCAGCCGCUCCUGCUUGGACAACCUCCAGCAGAAGAUACUAAAAGUGACUGAGCAGCUGAAGAUCGAGCAAACUGUCCGGGAUGACAAUGUGGCUGAGUACCUGAAACUUGUGAACAGUGCGGACAAGCAGCAGGUGGGCCGCAUCAAGCAAGUGUUUGAGAAGAAAAACCAGAAAUCGGCACAUAACAUCGCCCAAAUGCAGAAGAAGCUAGAGCAGUACCACCGCAAGAUGAAGGACAGCGAACUCCAGCACACCCCGUCGCCUCAACCGUCCAGCGGCAAGCACAGCACAAUCCCCAGAGAGUCCCGCCGGGAGCUUUUGAGGGACAUGACAGGGAGCGGUCGUCAUCCGACCAUGGACAAGAUCAAGACCAUUGGCCCCGGCGUUUCCCUAUCGCCUCCUUUCUUCUUCAGCAAACCCAGAGAGUUCGCCAACCUCAUCAGGAACAGGUUUGGCAGCGCUGACAACAUUGCCCAAAUGAAGACCUCAAUGGACGUUUCCCCGCCGCUGCCAGAUGAAACGGCGACAAAGACUCUUAGCAGUAGCACCUCACUGGUGGGAAAACCCAAGUAUCCCAGCGAUGACGAGUGCUCCUUGGAGAGCGCUUCCAAUUCAGCGGACAGUAAUGGACUCACAGCUCAGGGCCAGCAGGUCGGCGGCGAAGCCCAUAGUGGCCUGGCAAUGAGUCUGGAGGAGGCCAGGGUCAUUAAAGAUGCACAAAACCAACUAGAGGAGGACAUGGAGGCGAUCAAGGCCCAGUUCCAAAAGGACUAUGCGGUCAUCAACCAAACACUGCAAGAGGAGCGUUACAGGUAUGCACGCUUGGAGGAUCAAUUGAACGACCUGACGGAACUUCACCAACAUGAGAUGACUGACCUGAAGCAAGAACUUGCCAGCAUUGAGGAGCGGGUGGCCUAUCAGGCCCAAGAGAGAGCCCGGGACAUUCAGGAAGCUCUGGAGUCAUGUCAGACGCGCGUGUCCAAGCUGGAGUUCCAGCAACAGCAGCAGCAGCAGACAGUGCAGCUGGAGAGCGGCGAUGCCCGCGUUCUUCUGGGUCGCAGCAUCAACAUCAUGCUGGCCAUCAUCACCGUCAUCCUCGUGUGCGUCUCCACCGCUGCCAAGUUUGCCGCCCCGCUCAUGAGGAGCCGCCAGCACGUGGUGGCUACGUUCCUGGGCGUCUUUUUCCUCACCGUAUUUUGGAAGAACUGGGAGCGCUUGCAAUACGCCAUAGACAGAAUGCUGUCCUGCAGAAAAGUGGAAAUACUGCACGGGGUCCACCCCAGGGCCCCAGCACACUCCUCCCCACACAGCACUCUCAAAUGGGCCACCGUCAUCCCCACUGGGACCCAGAGCGGUCGCCCAGGACCAUCUGUGCUCCCAUUAACCAACCCUCCCACCCUGACCCCCAGCCUCCUCCACAAUCCCCCAACCCAACGUGGCACACAGCGGGUUCCCCACGGCCCACUAGGCCUAGGGCAGGAAAGGAUCCCCCUUUUGGGGGGCAUAACGCCCCGCUGGUGUAACAACCUGGAGGUUAGUCCCGGCCCUGAGACACAGCAAGAGGAGGCUUGA